CUAUGCACACCUCGCUGCUGGUCAUGGCGGUCCUCUGCGCUAUCACCGUUUCGCAUUCAACCGCACACGUUCAAUGGGGGGACUUCAUGCAGUGCUUGCAGCGGAGGUUCGGCCGGAGUUUCUUCCAGGAACAGCACGCCGACUGCGCCGCUCGAAAGCUGUUCGUCAACUACAGGCGAUCGAUGUACUGCCAUGAUUGCGACGCUUACUUCCACUGCCAGGGCAACUACGAGGCCAUUUACGAAUGUCAGCGCGACGGUCGCGCCCAGGAAGUGGCCGAGGCGUUCAGCGACUGUCGGGAGCACUUGGAAGGCAGCGGCUCGGACAACUUCGUGUACAACGACAUCGACCUGUACGGCCGACAAGGAGGAAACUGCACGCAGGCCUACCUCGUCGACAGCCCGCGCUGUCACUACAAUCCGGCCACCGUGGUGUGCAACAACACGCGCAUCGAGCCGGAGUCAUUCGAAGAGGAAGAAUGACGGCCAUGACAUCUUUCAAUACGGUCGAACUCACACGCGGCACGAGAUGCAACAUUCAAUCAUUGCUUCUAACAUAAAACUACCCGCACUUCUUUUGGAUGUGCCUUCUC